UGCAGUUCUCUGGUCAACGGACAUACAACAUCUCAAAUUACACUCGCCCAAAAUUCAAAUUAAGACAGUUCAACCCUCCUGAGCGUUUCGACAUCACCUACAAAAGCACUGGCCGCUCACAUACUAUUCCCUUCCCAGAUGGAUCGACGGGCGUGCUUUACUAUCACCCACCCACCGCUGGUGCACCGGUUCUCAGUGGCGAGUUGCGUUUCAAGCUGUGCACGGACCUCGCCUUCUUCGCUACAUCUCCUGACCUCCAGCUACCCAACACGACGAGGCCAUGGUCGCUCGACCUCUACACGAUGUUGACAACACCUGGGCGGAAACCGCUUUGCCAACUGCUUGUUCGCGAGGGUCUCGUGUCACCUGCUGUGGUCGAUGCGACUGACCACCUACCACGGCUGAACAAGAGGAAUUCACGGAUUUUGUACUCCCUGCAACAGCCGUUCGAACUCGACCUAGGCCAGAAAAACAUCUCAUUUGUGUUGCUUGGCCUCGGGCAUGCUUCGAGUUUCAAAAUUUACCCUCCGUACUCAAAUGAGAUACGCAACGCUAUCUACACAGGAGGACGAAUAAAGGCACGCUUCGAGCUGUCCACCCUACCUGAGCACUCUUCCAAGGGACCAACGCUCGUCCUGCGCGUUCUCGAGCUGUUGACCCCCCUCAAGUGCCACACUCCCGGGAAAAUAUUAGAACCACGGUCUGGUGAACUGCUCAGCGCACAAGACCGCGGCAAGAUCUACGCAUGGUCUUUCCCACUCGAGAAGCGCAUUCGUGCGCCUGCAUUCAGAGACUUCAUCGGCCUACCCCCGUUGCCUAAGGCUAAGAUUAGGGGCAAACGUCACAGGAAAUUACCGUACUACCUCCUCACACUUUCGCCGGAGAAAAUGAAAUCGAAAGGACAAGUGGUAACUGAUAUAUCUGGACAGCUUACUGUCUCAUUUCGACCACGACUGGAGGGCAGCAAAGAGGGCCGUGUCUCCACCGGAUACGAAAACAUGACCGGCGGCCUCAAGCCAUUCCCCCCCAACACUAAGGGAGUGCUGUAUUAUCAUCGGCCAUCAUCGGGAGAGCCUAUUAUGAGUGGCGAACUCCGGUUUCGUGUUUGCGACGAUGUAAUGGCCUUCCAGGACGGAUCUGACCUGCUAGCACCCAACGGUGUGGAACCCUGGAAUGUACCCCUCUACCAUGUCGUCAAAUCCCAUGCGAAGAAGCCCAUGGUCGAUCUCAUACUGCAGGAAGGCCUUGUCAAACAGGACGCUGUGGACAAGAUUGCGAAACUUCCCACCAUCAUUAAGGGCUACUCCCCGCUGUAUGCCCUCGACUGGCCGUUCGUGGUCAACCUAUUCUCAUGCCCGGAAUUCAUUCGGAAAGCAGGCUUUGUGAAGGCGCGCUUUGAACUUUUGACGCUACCUGAGCAUGAAGGUUCCCAGGUUCUUGUCCUGCGGAUAUUGGAGCUGCUUGAACCCGUGCAACGUUUUAUCCCUGAUGCCGAGGAUAUGAUGCCUAUGCCCCAAGCAGGUUCUUUAUUGUACAAGAUGGGCCACAGCAGUAAAACCAAACUGUGGACGUAUGAUCUCGACCAACGCGCGGGCGGGGAAGUCUUCAAACGUUUCAUUGCAACGUGCGAGAAGUAGU